CGCAUGCGUCUGAGCAAAACCCUCGUGCAUGCACCACCAAGGAGGAUCCGGUAAUUAAACCCAGCGAAGAUGCGGAGAAGUGUGGAGGGAAUAGCCGGGAGCUAGCGGAGCCGGUGUAAAGCUGCAGCAGGCAGCGGACAUUGUUGCUGUUUGAACCCUGAACCGGUGCCGUGUGUUGCUGUUGUUUAGCCGGCGGAGACUCCAGAGAGGCUGCACAAACUCUUGGAGCUGUCCAAGUUCAUGCUUAUAAGAAGAGGAAGUCAACAUGCCACCGAAACAACUCGGUAGAUCAGAGCGAAGGAAACUGUUCACGUCACUGGCAGGCGAGCUGGUGAUCAUGGCCGGGACCGUCAUGCUGGCCUACUACUUUGAGUACACCGACACCUUCAGCGUGCACGUGCAGGGCUUCUUCUGCUACGACACCACGUACACCAAGCCCUACCUGGGGCCGGAGGACAGCAGCGCCGUCCCGCCCGUCCUGCUGUACGCCCUGGUGGCCGGGCUGCCCACGCUGCUGAUCACAAUAACGGAGACGGUGCUGUUCCUGGUCCAGUACACGUCCAAAGAGUUCGACCGCUCAGAGAAGACGGUAGCCACCGGGGACUGCUGUUACCUCAACCCGCUGGUGCGCAGGACCUUCCGCUUCCUCGGAGUCUACACCUUUGGCCUCUUCACCGUUGACAUCUUUGUUAAUGCAGGCCAGGUAGUGACAGGGAACCUGGCCCCCUACUUCCUGACGGUGUGUAAGCCCAACUACACGGCGCUGGGCUGCCAGCAGGCCCUGCGCUACAUCAGCCACCAGGAGGCCUGCACGGGAAACCAGGACGACAUCCUGCGCGCCCGCAAGACCUUCCCAUCCAAGGAAGCUGCACUCAGUGUCUACGCUGCACUCUACCUGGCUAUGUAUGUGACGUGCACGGUGCAGGCCAAAGGCACGCGUCUGGCCAAGCCCAUGCUGUCUCUGGGGCUCAUGUGUCUGGCCUUCCUCACCGGUCUGAACCGCGUGGCUGAAUACCGCAACCACUGGUCGGACGUCAUCGCUGGCUUCAUCAUCGGCACGGCCAUCGCCACUUUUCUGGUGGUGUGUGUAGUGCAUAACUUCAAAGGAAAGUUACUGCUGUGCGAGGAGUCACCAGCGGAGCAGCGGCCGAACACAGGCAUGCUGAACAUCGGCCGAAUGGAGAGUCCUCUGGAGAAGUACAUCGCCUCACAGAAUCACAUCGCCUUCGCUGAGGUCACAUGACGUGGAGUCGGCCGUGUGGCAGACGCAUUGGACGUCCACGCUCUUCACCGUCCAAUCCAAUUAACCGGAGUGCAGUGCUAAACCCAUUCUCUGUGUGUGUCUGGUCUGCGGUAUGUUGUUCUAUGUUGUCUUUUAUCAGGCCCGUUGUCAUUUGCAGCUUCUUGUAUUCAAGGAAGAAAAAAAAUAACGAAAGAGGAGUCAGUAACUCAGUGGGACAGGUUGCUUCUGCUUUCUCCAUCUAUGCACUUAUUCUGAAUCCUUUUGAAUCUCGCCACCAAAAUGACUGUUGCGAGGCGGACAGGUUGUACACUGUGGGACAGAAGAACAAGAGAAGAACUGGAUUGCACCAUCUCAACUCUGCCAAGGUCCAAUAUGUUCUCCUGGUGUGGUUAUGUUGUGUAAAACAGAGUGUUCCAAUCAGAUGGCUGUAAGUCGUUAAGUUGAGUGAGAGUGUCCAAACGGAGAAAGAUGAAGAACCCUCUCUUGUUAUGUCGCUAAAGUUUUGUUUUUGCUGUCAUCACAUCACCUUUAUAACGUUCAGAGGGCCGUUGUGAAUAUCAGAAUAUGACAUUAACUGCUGGGCCCAUAUUUAUCAAACCAAAUGGGACAUUUUCACUUAAAGGAGCAGUGUGUUUAACUUGCAUGGCAGUUGGAUUCUCGCAAUAUGACGCGAGAGUUGCGAUUUAGUUGGGCAAUUUUUAUUUGUUAGAUCUUUUGACAGUUGAGAUAUGGCAGGAAAUGUGGGGAGAGAGAUUUGCUGCUGGUUUGAUGUCUUGUCUUACCUUGCACAGCAGCUGAAUGCUCAUGAUAUCACGAGAUCAUGCGAGAAGCUACCGGCAGCUACAGCGUGGUUUAGGUGUGUUUGACGUCCGCGGCAACAAUGGCAGACGUGACGGACAGAUGGUUCAUCCAAUCACCUGCCAGGUAUUUUUUGAAAGCGCCUUGCCCUUUUCCAAACAGUUUCCAAUGACGGCUUCUCACGUGGUUCUGUGUUAAAAAAACAACAACAUCUGGCUCAUCAGGUUACAUGACACCUGCCAGCCUCUUGCAAUAAAAAGCACUAAAGGUAAAGAACGUCAGUUUGGCAGAGUGUAGGAUUCAGGGGGGUAUUGGCAGAAAUGGAAUAUAAUCAUAUUUAUGUUUUCAUAAGCAUGAAAAUCACCUGAAACUAAGAAUUGUUGGGUUUAUGUUUAGCUUAGAAUAGAAUUCAUUUCUACAUAGGGAGCCGGUCCUCUUCCAUGGAGCCUGCCAUGUUUUCUACAGUAGCCCAGAAUGGACACCAUGGGUUCUCUGCAUGCUUACAAAGGGACGGGUGAGGGGAAUGGUAUUCAGUUGCAAUCUGUGACCUCACCACUAGAUGCCACUAAAUCCUACACACUGCUCCUUUAAAGGAAAGAUAAAACUGAAAAAAAAGUCUUUUGACUUUAAAUACUCGGUUACACUUUACUUGAAGGUAU